AAUCUCUGUAACUACAACACCCCCAUCAUCAAGUGGAGUGGGAAGUAUAACCUAGAUCUGUAACCAACAGUGGACACAUUCCAACAUCUUCCCAAUAACUUGAAGCUCUGACACGGAAAGGAGCUACACGAAUUCAUUUGAAAUGUGGUGUUGCAAUUACUUCAUUGUACAUGCCCAUACCUACAUUGGGCCAUCUUUCUGCACCGAAAAAUGGUGUGACUUCGAACGUGCCCCCCAGCGCACCCAACUGUAUGAACGAUUGCCGAUCAAGAUACCUGACUCGCACUUCUCUCUUCUCCCCCUCACAUGUAUCUGUCUGUGUGUCUUCAACCACUCGUUGAAUUCGUAUAUGUGCACAAUCAUCAUAGUUAGCUGUUCUAUUAUCCUCUGCUCUCGUAAACCCUCAUACAGCUACUUGGAUUGCAGAUCUUUUCCAGUCCAGUGCUCUCUCUAUUCUCCUUGUGUCUCUUUGCAUCUGUCGUUUAAGCCACGUUGGCUGUGCGUAUUCUCUGGUUCGCUCUGUGCCGUCGAAUCCGGACGGGAAGGGCAUGAGAAUUGAUUCAAUUGCACAUGGACGGGAUGGCACAAUCGAUGACGUGCAUUUUCGACUGGAUGAGAGCUGAGGAAGAAGAAAAAGAAAAAGGAUUUUGGUAGUUUCUUCAAUUGCAUAUACGAGUUUUGUGUUCUGUUUUUAAAAUAAAAUGUGUUUUGGGAGCGUAGGUGAGAGC